AUGUUUGAUUCGUGUGCAUCACAUUCAUUUAUUUCUUAUAGUUGUGUGGAACGUUUGGAUUUGCCUACUAUAGCAUUGCCAUUUGAUUUGUCUCGUGCAUACCCCGGUAAUGAUCCUAUUGUCACUACAAAAGCAUGUCGGGAGUGUCCCAUUAGUAUAGAUGGUAGAAACUUUGUAGUGAAUCUCUUCUCGCCUUCCUUUAAAAGGACUCGGAG